GCGGCGGUGCCCGCGCGGCCGGAAGGGUGUGGUGCGGCCCUGCUUUCCUGCGCGGCGCCUUGUGGGCCCCGACACGGACGGGGGCGGGUGGUAGUAAUGGCAACCUACACCUGUAUCACUUGCCGUGUGACUUUCAAGGAUGCUGACAUUCAGCGUGCCCAUUACAAAACUGACUGGCAUAGAUACAACCUAAAGCGUAAGGUUGCCGACAUGCCUCCUGUAACGGCUGAGAAUUUUCAGGAGAGAGUCCUAGCACAGAGAGCCGUAGCAGAGGAGCAGAACAAAAUCACUGCUACUUAUUGCACCGUUUGCAGCAAGCGAUUCUCCACUUUCAAUGCCUAUGAGAAUCACUUGAAGUCCAAGAAGCACCUGGAACUGGAGAAGAAAGCUGUUCAAGCUGUCAGCAAGAAGGUGAAAAUAUUAAAUGAAAAGAACCUGGAAAAGGGGCUGGCCCCAGAAAGUGUAAAUAAAGAUGCAAUGAACACAGCUAUUCAGCAAGCCAUCAGAGCUCAACCAUCUUCAUCUCCAAAGAAGUUACCUUUACCUCCUAGUAAUGCAAGCACCUCUCCAGUUUCUGUGGAAAGCACCAAUCUCUCACAGAAUAGAGAGCGAUCUGAAAAACCUCCAAGGCUACAGUGGUUUGAACAGCAAGCAAAGAAGCUGGCCAAACAACAAGCAGAGGAGGAAGAGGAUAUGGAAGAAGGCUGGGAAGAUAUGGACUCCGAUGAAGACAGUGGCUCUGAGGAAGAGAUGGAAAGUGUGGGAGACGAAGAGGAGGAGCAGACAGCAACUGAAAGCCCUUCUGCUGUUGGGGCCAUACCAGUCACUGACUGCUUGUUCUGUCCCCACCAUUCAAGAUCGCUCAUAAAGAAUGUGGCCCAUAUGACGAAAACCCACAGUUUCUUCAUUCCUGACAUAGAGUACCUUGUUGAUCUCAGAGGCCUAAUUAAGUACUUAGGAGAGAAAAUUGGUGUUGGGAAAAUCUGCCUCUGGUGCAAUGAAAAAGGGAAAUCCUUCUACUCUACAGAAGCAGUACAGGCUCACAUGAAUGACAAAAGCCACUGCAAGCUCUUCACAGAUGGAGAUGCUGCCCUGGAGUUUGCAGACUUCUAUGAUUUUAGGAGCAGUUACCCUGAUCACAAAGAAGGGGAAGAUGUGGAGAUGUCUGGAGAGCUCUCAGCAGAGAGAGAGUUGGAGUAUGAUGAUGACACCAUGGAGCUGAUCCUUCCUUCAGGUGCGAGGGUUGGUCACCGUUCUUUAAUGCGGUACUACAAACAACGGUUUGGUUUGUCAAGAGCCGUGGCCGUUGCAAAAAAUAAGAAAGCAGUAGGCCGAGUUUUGCAGCAAUACAAAGCUUUGGGCUGGACAAGCCAGACAGGGGCAGCCUCUGCUCAACACCGUGAUAUGCAGUACCUGCAGAGGAUGAAAUCAAAGUGGAUGCUCAAGAUGGGAAUGAGUAACAAUGCUACAAAGCAAAUGCAUUUCCGGAUGCAAGUCAGAUUUUGAAUACCCCACAGAGCUGUAUGUAACUGGUUUUGUGGAGGAGGAUUUGAUAGUUUCUGGUCUGAGGGUUCUGUUAUUAAAAUGGACUUGGUACCUAACAAAUGGCAGUGUCUAUGCUGCUGUGCCUUCUUGUCUGUGAGAAGAUACCUUGCAGGGAGCUUCUCUCUUCCAGUGAAAUGAUGAUUGGUCUAAUUUAAAAAAUAAAAUAUUUAAAAAGUGGAAUAUGAUGGAAUAUGUGCAAAGUAGCCACUGCUGUGAAUAAGAAUGCAUGCAUGUUCUUGCUGCCCAUCUUUGUGCAAUAGGAUUCUCUAGGAUAAUUGACAUGGUCUCUGAAUAACUUCAAUUUGCAGUUCUGCAAAAUGAUUGAGGCCAAGAGAAGAUCAUGGAUCUGGGAGCCUGUGGGGAAUGUGUUGAAGGUUCCUGCGUUCGGUUGUGGUGCCACUCACAUUAACUGGGUGUUUGGACUUCUAGCUGGUACUAUUGCCCUUUUUUUUUUUUUUUUUUUAAAUGCUGCAGCUCCCAGCUGCAUUAGUAAUAUACAAUGUGUUGUUUUUGUGGAAUUUUAUGAAUUUCCAUGAGCUAAAAACUGUUCAAGAUUACUAUCACAUUUAGGCAUUUGUCACUCUGAACUUCUGAUAAUUUAGCAAAGAUCUGCUGAUUAAAACUCUGAAGUUACUAUUGAUGUUACUUUUGCUUUUCCCAGUGAGUAUUGGUGUUUCAUACAAGUUCGCUGAAGGAAAGUAACCUGAGACAUACUAGCUAAAAGGAGAUGUCAUUUAGCUGUAACUUGCUGAACAGAUAGCUCUUCCAAUGCACCUCCAAAUUUUAGGGUUACUCUGGACUCCCUUAGAGCUGCUUUAAUUGAUAUGACUUUUAACAUAAGUUUUCUUCCUCCACUGUGAAUGGUAUUUGCACAAGUAUCACUGAAGGGCAAGGACUGAGUUAAGAACUUUGUCAAUUAGCACUAUGUUGUCUUUGAUGUUUUAAAAUAAUACACUAAACUUUCCCUAAGAAGUAAGUUCGGAAACAGUAGGCUUCAGCUUCUGGCUCUUAGAACUGCUUGUAUCUUUCUCUUCAAAGUUAGAGAUGACUAUGCAAGCUAGGUUGUCUUCACACGUAGAGCAAAAGUGAAGUGAACUUUCUACUUUAAAGGAAGUUUUAACUGUGAGUUGACAGCGGGUACCUAAGAGAACCAGCAGAGGGCAUAAGAAAGCUUUUCUCAGAAUUGUUUUUGCUGUGAUAGAAAAUGGUCUGAGAGGAGUGCAUCAUGCAGAGUACUGGUAGGGAAGGGAAAGUUCACUAGUAACACAAUUAAAGAGUAGCACUGGACUUCUUUAAGUUGAAUUGCUGUUAAUAUCUUUGUAUAGAUCCAGGGAGAGCGUUGGUAGCAGAUACUUCAUAGCAUCUUAAUAUUCCUUCCCUGAAGGAUCUUCAGGAAACAGAUCUGUGUAGCUAUUAUGGACAAUCAAUAACUUGAACACAGGAUUAGCAGCAGCAAUGCUAAUGGUUAAAAAGAGGGAAAGAGAAAAAGAAACUUCAUGUUUCUUAGCAGCUUUAGAGGCGAACAGAGAAUAACAUUUUUUUAUAUAUAUAUAAAGUGAAAUUUUUGGUAAGAUACGUUUUUUUUUUUCUUAGAACAUGUCUUCAUUUAUUCUGCUUGCUCAAUGAGAACAAUAUUUUAAACCAUGCUUGGGAGACCCAGCUACAAGUUUGCAGAACUAGGUGGUUCAGUAAAUAGUCACUAGACUGAUUAAAAAUUGCAUUUAACCCACACUUAAUCACCAUCGUAUUACCUGCAGCAUGGUUCCUGACAUGGAAAUAGCAUUUUGUAGUAAAGAUUAGGAGCAAUACAAUCAUGGAGUAAUCCAAAAGCCUUUUACGGAGCACAAAGAGAGGAUUAGGUGGCUUGGUUGAGCUAGGCCACCUCAUUCUCCAGCAAGGAGCUACCAAGAGCGAACCAACAGGAACUAAUGCAAUAUCUUAUCUUGUCCCAGAGUCCGGGCAUAUAAUAUUUACUUGUAAUUUGGAGCAUGGUGGAGUUCUCUCCUGAAAGCAGGUGCUUUUCAAACAACUGACCCAAACUGUUUUGAAUGUUCAAGUGUGUUCAGUGGGGUGCCUGUUUUUAAUUAAUAGCUCAGCAGUUCCACGUCUUUGUCACUAAACAGUUAAAUACAGAAAUCAGCCAGAUGCCUUUGAAGAUUUAAAUGACUCAGUCUUUUGGCCCAAUGAAUCACCUUCCCCCCACCCCCCUUUUUUUUCCUGUACUGUGACAUAGCUCCAGUAAGCAAUCCCAGUACAGCCAUUAAAAAUAGCUGAGGUACUCUGGACUGGAUCACAACCAAAGCUGUAUGUGCAUACCUAAGUUAUUCAGAGUCAUGUGUACAGGAAAUUAGUGUCAGAAACGGCACUCAGCCCACCUAAAGCAUUUAUCAUGACUCAACAGCGAGUUCACCAGGUAGACCAAGCAUUGGAUAGUUUGGAAAUUAAGCUGCUCUAACCUGUGGUUAGGUACCCUGGCAUUAUGCAUUUGUUGUGCUGCUGUCUGUAUCUUUUUUGUCUAGGGUGUCUCCAGCUGGCCAGCUGUUCCCAGAGUUCAGUAGAGAAGUCCAAAAUGUGCACUUUGUUCCUGGAUAUACAGCCCAAAUAGAAGAUCUGGGUAGAGUAUGGUUUUAUCUGAUAGGAUAAAAAAUGCAUCUAGAUAUGACAAAUAAGAAAAGGGAAUCCAAUAAAAAUCAACUCUUUACAUGUUUUUCUGCCUGCAGUCUGUGUCAACAUGAGCAGUUCACAACUCUUUCUGUUAUGACCACUUAAACGAAAGAUUUCAAUAUGAUGAACUUCCAAGCACAUUUGUGUAUCUGUCAGUGAGAGGUGCAGCUAUUAACAGCAAAUAAGUCCUCUGUUAUUCUGUACAGUGUUUUAAUGGCUCAUUAAUUGUGAAGAAAUAAUUCAGUUUCAUGCUGCAUGUCUGCAGCUUGCAGAAAAGAGUCCCAAUGAAGCUAAUGCUUACAGAGUAGUUGCUUAAUAUUCUAGAAGUCUGUUGAAGGAACAGGUGAGCUAUAAGCUAACCAAAAUUACUGCAAAGCUGUGUGUAAUGGGUCUGCUUUAGGAAAAAAAUAUGAACUGUAGCCACUUCAGUAUUUUCCAGAGUACUGUGGAAUUAAAAGGUGGCUGGCUGUCAA